AUGGCUGUUCACAGGGCUGAAAGAAGCAACACUCUCAUACAGUCAUCGACUGUAGACCCUGACAUCAUGUCUGAUGCCGAAGACGAAGACGAUGCGCUGGAGGAAGAGGAAGAGGAAGAGGAAGAGGAAGAGGAAGAGCAGUGUGCUGAUGAUUUAUUCAAUGAUGAAGGGGUGAGAAAGAAGCUUGAGCUACUGGCUCAGAUGGUUGGAGUUGACAGUUCAGAAUCAGAAGCUGGGGUUCUGCUUGCAGCAGUUGUAAGGGUUUUCAAGGAUUUGAAAGAGUCAUUAUUCUUCAGUCUUGAGUGCACUGAAACUGAUCAUAGUUGUGAUCAUUUCUUUUAG